AUGUCGUCAAUAUCAGCUUCAGCUCUUCAAAAUCUAGAUGAAUCUUCCAGAAAGGAUAUUAUGCAAUUCAUUGAAGCUGAACAAUCAAAAUCAAAAGUUCAAAUGUCCAUACAUAAUUUCACUGAUAUGUGUUUCAAGAAGUGUAAUGCUAAUAGACCAAUAACUAAUGGUAAUUUGAGUUCCUCAGAGGAGCAAUGUCUUACUAAUUGUCUUAACAGAUUCUUAGAUACUAACAUCAAAGUCGUUCAAGCAUUACAAGGUCAGCAAUAG